AUGGAUCAAAGGAUAAUCAUAAUGGGAGAUCUGAAUGGAGUGGUAAAUCCAACGAUAGACAGGUCGGCAAGGAAAGGGAAUUCGGCACAAGGGAAAUUACCUAAAACAUUCUUCGCAUUAAGAGAUAACUUAGAACUUGUAGAUACCUGGAGACACAAACACCCUAUCACAAAACAAUUUACACACUACUCAGAGCCAAACAGAAGCUCAGGGAGAAUAGAUUAUGUAUGGACAUCUCAAGAGAUAGCUGAUAGGGUGAACAAAGUUGAAAUUCUUCCAAGAACACUAUCUGACCACAACCCGAUAUAUCUGGAAAUUAAAGGAGAGAGAGUGCAAACAAGAUGGAGGAUGAAUGAAAGUCUAUUCAAUGAUCAGGAAAUAGUGGAAAAAACAAGAAAAUCAUUAAAAGAAUAUUUUGAACUGAAUUUGGAUAAAGGAACAGAUAUAAACAUAGUGUGGGAUGCAAAUUAUAAGCUCUUUACAAACAUCUUGGCUAAUAGGUUAAAAACAGUGGUAAACAAAGUAAUACAUAAAGACCAAACAGGUUUCCUACCGGGGCGACAAAUGAAAGAAAAUAUCAGAACCAUAGUAGACAUAAUUGAGUAUCUAGAAAUGAAAAUAAAUAAAAAAGCUGCAUUAAUCUUCAUAGAUGCCGAAAAGGCAUUUGAUAACGUGUCGUGGAUAUUCAUGGAGAAGACCUUGGAGAAGAUGGAAAUCAGAGGGAACUUUCUGAGAGGAAUUAGUGCAAUAUAUAGUGAGCAAAAAGCAAAACUAAUUAUUAACAACGCACUAUCAAAGACAUUUAAUAUUACAAAGGGCACCAGGCAGGGGUGCCCACUCUCACCACUUAUGUUUAUUAUGGUUCUAGAAGUAUUAGCAAACAAAAUAAGAGAUACCGACACAAUUAAAGUGACAGAAAUAAUUUUAGUAAUGAAUGAGAGAAUAAAUAAUGAAUCCUCGGUCUCUGAAUUUCUGCUCCUGGAGUUCUCAGCAGUACGAAAACUGCAGAUUCUACACUUCUCUCUGUUCCUGGUAUUGUACCUGGCAACUGUAUUUGUGAAUCUUCUCAUCAUUUCUGCUGUAACAUUUGACCACCACCUUCACACUCCCAUGUACUUCUUUCUGAUUAACUUGGCCAUCCAGGACCUAGGGGCUGUUUCAGUCACCAUCCCCAAAUCCAUGGCCAAUUAUCUCAUGAAUACCAGAUACAUUUCUUACACUGGAUGCGUUGCUCAAGUUCUUUCAUUGGUUUUCUUUUUAUCAUGUGAUAUUUCCCUUCUUACAGUCAUGGCAUAUGAUCGCUAUGUUGCCAUUUGCAAUCCAUUACAAUAUGAAAUGGUGAUGAACAGGGCAGCCUGCAAACAAAUGGUUGCUGGCGUGUGGGUGUCGGGCCUUGUCAAUGCAGUUCUGCACACUUGUGGAACUUUUGCAACCCCUUUCUGCUCAAACAUUGUCAAUCAGUUCUUCUGUGAGAUCCCAAAGAUACUUCCAUUUGCUUGCACAAACCUAUACCUAAGGGAAAUUGGAGCUUUAGUAGUGAGUGUAACAGUUGUGUCUGGAUGUUUUGUCUUCAUUGUUGUAACUUAUGUGCACAUCUUUACUGCAGUUCUGAAAAUCCCUUCUGUUCAGGGAAGGAAAAAGGCCUUCUCCACUUGUAUACCCCACCUUGUUGUCUUCUCCAUAUUUUGUUUCACAGGCUGUUUUGCUUACUUUAGGCCUCCCUCUAAAACUCCAUCUGACCUGGACUUUGCACUAACUGUGAUGUAUAGUCUUGUUCCACCCAUGUGCAAUCCAAUAAUCUAUAGCAUGAGAAUUAAGGAGAUAAAAAAUGCUUUAUCGAAACUGCUGGGUUUGUGGCAAUCUCCUCUGGAUAUAUCUUCUGAAAAGGUAUAA